AUGGCAUCAAAUGCUUCGGAAAUUCCUGUGUCGAAGCUGCUUCGGCAGGAAAUCGGAAUAAGCGAUGUGCGAGAGGGACGGAAAAGUAAGGAUGAAUACAGAAAGCAAAAGGAUUUGGAAGAAGAGCAAAAGUUGGGUAUAGCUCCAGCAACAGUAGAUAUCGUCACAGGGCGUGAUAUCAAUCCACAUAUUCCAGAAUUUAUUGCAAAACAUCCGUGGUAUGUACCUGCUGAUGGACCUACUCUACAACAUCAAAGGCCACAUGAAGAGAGGCAAAUUAAAUGGUCAUCAAUCGAUGAUUGGUAUAAAAGGGGUAUAACGAAUGAAAGAGCUACGAAGUUCCGAAAGGGUGCUUGUGAAAACUGUGGUGCUAUAACACAUCGAAAGAAGGACUGUUUGGAGAGACCUCGUAAAAUUGGUGCCAUGUGGACAAAUGAGGAUAUUGCUCCAGACGAAUAUAUUCAACCGAAAUUAACGCUUGGCUGGGAUGCGAAACGGGAUCGUUGGAAUGGCUAUGAUCCCCAAACCUACAAGCAAGUUGUUGAGGAACACGAGAAACUGGAACAAACAAGGAAACUUCUUAGGGAAGAGAAGAUGAAGGGAGAACUUUUGAAGGAAGAAUUGGAAGCGGAAGAAGAUAGUCAUCACAUAGUAGAAGAGCCUGCAGACGAAGAUAUGUAUGCCGAUGAUGCUGAUAUGGCAGGUGUAACGGUUGAUAUGGAUUCGCGUACGCGGAUCACUGUGAGGAAUCUUCGCAUUAGAGAAGAUACUGCAAAAUACCUCUAUAAUUUGGAUCCAAAUGGACCUUAUUAUGAUCCAAAGUCCCGUUCAAUGAGAGAGAAUCCAUUUGCAAAUAUUCCUGGAAAAGAGAAAGAAGCAGCUAAAUUUGCUGGUGAAAAUUUCAUUCGUUAUACAGGAGAAGUAGUGCAGGCUAAUGAAGCACAGGUAUUCGCAUGGCAGGCUCGUUGUAAAGGAAUUGAUGUUCAUGCAUUAGCUGAGCCUACCAAAUUGGAAGCAAUGAAAAAGGAGUUUGAGCAACAAAAACUGAGUGCGAAAGAGGAGCACAAAAGCACAUUAUUGGAAAAGUAUGGUGGAGAAAAGUAUUUACAUGCACCACCGAAGGAAUUGUUAUUAGCACAAACAGAGAAUUAUGUGGAAUAUAACAGAAAAGGAAAAAUAAUCAAAGGUGAAGAGCGAAAAGUGGUACUAAGUCGUUAUGAGGAAGAUAAAUACUUGAAUAAUCACAAAUCUGUUUGGGGAUCUUAUUGGAAAUCUGGUCAGUGGGGUUUCGCAUGUUGUCAUUCUUUAAUAAAGAAUUCAUAUUGCCUUGGUGAAGCUGGUAAAGCAAGAAAUGCAACAAAUGCAGAAGCAACUGUUUUACCGCAAAAUGUGACCACAAACACAAACAUAGUUCCAAGUAUCAAGCGAGAAACUGCCGACACAACAUCAGAAAAUGAACUAGAAAAGGACGAAAAUGCCUCUGUUGGUGGUGAAUCAUCUUCAGAUACAUUUGACUCUGAGCUAAAUGCUGAAGAAGAAAAGGAACGAGAAAAAGAACGAGAGUAUGAACUUGAGAAAGCUAAACGUGAUGAAAGAAGACGUGAAAAAAAGAGAGAAAAGAGAAAGCGACAAAAAGAGCGGAAAGAUAAAAACAAAAAGUCGUUGAAAUCGAAGAAAAGGAGUUCGGAUGGAAUUUCAUCAGAUGAUGAGAACAAAAGGAAACUAGAACUCGAACACGCAAUCAAAAAAAUCAAUAAGGAUCGGGAAGAUGCUGAAGAAAGUUUAAAAUUGGGUGAUCGAAAACGUCGCUAUCAUUCUAAUUAUGACGUCAGCGCUCCUACACCUGCUGAAAUGGAAGCUUAUAAAUUGACGAAAAUUCAUGCAGAUGAUCCAAUGGCUUCAUUUAUUAAAAAAAGUCGGAAGAAACUUCAAACACAGUUAUGGAUUUGGGAUCGAGAAGUCACCUCGUACAUGGUAUUGAAUGCUGUUCUCAAUUCGCAUGGUGAUUUACGCUUCAUUUUUUUAUGUAUGGAAUGGUUUAUGCAUGGUGGUUUGUGGCUAAUUUUUAGUUCAUUUAUAUUCCUGAUAUGUAUGAGGUACAAUUUUUCAUUGAAUACCAGAUAUAAAUUAGCUGUGCUAACGUUUGGUCUUUGCUUCGAUUUGAUAAUUGUUGGAAUUAUCAAAGGAAUAGUAAGAAGAUCGCGACCUCCUUUUAAUAUCAAGGACCAGCUAUAUGGGGCGCCUUUGGUCGACAAAUUUUCAUUUCCUUCUGGUCAUUCUUCUCGUGCUGCGAUGUUAUCAGUGUUGUGCUUGACCUUUUGUUCGCUUUCACACUUCAUUACACCCGCUGUGAAAUUAUUUCCCUUUAUAUUGGGAGCUUCACGAAUUUGUAUCGGUCGACACUACGUUAGCGAUGUUAUGAUGGGUUUAUUACUUGGCUAUGCAGAAGGGAAUUUCGUGCGAUGUUUGCCGUUACAUACAAUAAAUCUUUUGGAACAAAUAUUUCCCGCAAUAUUUAGUGGUAAUGAACAAUGGAACACAUAA